AUGAGUUUACAAAGAAAGUUUGUGUCUACGGAUUCAAAGAAACAUGAAUUGAAGACAUCAGCUUUCUUGAAGUCAGGCGAAGAAUUGAAUUUUCAGUUCCCGUUCGGCGGUCGUUGGAAAAAGUUUGAAUCGAAAGAAAUCGAUGGCAUUAUCGAUUUAAUUAAAGAAUUCGGUUUACCAGAUCUUCCGCCUGGUAUAACAUCUGUGCCGGGUAUGUGUGGUGUUUCACAACAUCCAAACCUAGUACAAACCACACCUGCUUAUCAUAUAUCGAAAGACGCUAUACUCACCGUACAAACAUCGCAAGCGUUUCCACAAGGUUUUCCAUCUGAUUUUUCCAUAAUAUUAGCACUUCGCAGUAAUCGUAUAAAUCAAAAGAAAGCACCUAUAUUUACAAUAUACUCAGAAGAAAGUGAGGAAACACUUUCACUGAGCAUCGGUAAAGAAAUAACUAUGAGUUAUGAACAAAUCAAUGCCGGUUUUAACCAACAAAAUGAUAUAAACUUCGGUAUUGGAGUUGAUGACACUGUUUGGCAUCGUAUUGGCAUAAGUGUCAAAGGGAACUCUGCAACAUUAAUUUUGGACUGUACCAAGCAAGUUACACGUCGUUUAGAACGAUCUCCUGGUAGUACUAUAUCCACAAAUGGUCUCAUUCUAACUGGUGUUCAAAUGAAUAGCGAUGAAGGUUUCUUUAUCGGUGAUAUAGAAUUAAUGGCCAUCACAAAUUCUCCAGAUGAUGGGUAUGAUGUUUGCACAAAGCACAUGCUAUCUUGCGCGAAAAGAGUUUUAAAUAUUUCAAGAGUGGAAACAGGUUUUGAUGAUAUGCGUAGAAAUAGUCUUGAUUCAUCUUCCAUGCAAUCUUCUGCCUACACUUCUGCAUAUUCUACUAAUGAUAAAAUCAAAAGAAAUGAGCAAUUAGUUGCAAGUGCAGAGUAUGUAAGCGCUGAUAAUGAACGUUUUGGUAUUGGUGGACCAGCAUCAAACGGAUACGGUUCAAUACCGCGAACAGAAGAUUCUGAUGUCAACACAAAUAUUUAUCCUGCAAUUGGUUUUGAAGAAAACUAUGAAACUGAUGAUUACCUCAUUGACGGUGAUUAUGAUACCAUAUUUAAUGUGACUGAAGUAACAGAAGCUAAUUUGGUCGAGACAUCUAAAGAUAAAGUCGAAAAUACUAUUAACAGCGAAACGACUACCAGUAAUGAACCAGAUGGUGAAAAAGACUUGCAAGAAGUUGUUUUUACAGAAAUUAACGGUUCCAGAAGAUCUAAUGUCACUCAAAAACGCAAUGAAACAUUAUUUGAAAGCGAAUCAGUUAUAUGCUAUCCAGGCCCCAGAGGAUACACAGGUAUACCAGGACCGCAAGGUGAGCGAGGUCAGCAAGGUGAACCCGGACGAGAUGGCUUAGCUGGCGUUUCUGGUAUUCAAGGUCCUCCUGGUCAUAUUUUUGUAGUGCCGACUGCGCAAGGAGGAAAUGAAAAGGGUCCCGAUUCUCAAGCGGAAGCAUUGCUCCAACUCAUCCAACAACACAUGUUAGCUUUACGUGGCUCAGAUGGCCCAAUGGGUUUGACAGGUCUGCCUGGCCCCGCAGGUUUGAUUGGUCCCAAGGGUACUAAAGGAGAACCUGGUGAAAUUGGAGAACCGGGUUCACGAGGGCUACGAGGUCCUGCAGGGCCACCCGGUCGCGAAGGUCGUCGCGGACGUUCAGGUCGAGAUGGAGAACGUGGCAGUAUGGGACCACAAGGACCAAAGGGUGAAAUUGGCCCAAUAGGUCCAAUGGGUUUACCAGGAGAAAAAGGGCACAGGGGUAUUCCAGGGCAAAGUGGUGAAAAAGGUCAACAAGGCGUAGAAGGACAUCCCGGAGAAGAAGGUCCGCCUGGCCUACCCGGAUUACCAGGCGAACUUGGUCCACGAGGUUUCCUUGGUCCGCGCGGCUUUCCAGGUCCAGUUGGUAAUCCAGGCUUGCAAGGUAAUGAAGGUCCGCAAGGCAUCAAGGGCAGUACGGGGUCAACAGGCCUACCUGGACAACCGGGACUACAAGGUACAACAGGCAGUACUGGUGCUCCAGGACCCCAAGGGAUUUCUGGUCCCCCUGGCAUUCCAGGUCCAAGUGGUAAACCUGGCUUACCAGGGCUUCCCGGUGCUGAUGGAUCUCCUGGCGCAGCUGGUAAUCCUGGACCAACUGGUUUCAAAGGUGAUCAGGGUAUGCAAGGAAUGCAAGGUGCAGUUGGACUACCAGGUCCGCGUGGUGCUAAAGGUGACGAUGGUCUCCGUGGUCCUACUGGUGAUAAAGGUGAUAACGGCGAACGUGGAAUUGAAGGAGAAAAAGGAGAUACUGGUCCUUCUGGUGAACGUGGCACGCCAGGACAACCAGGUGUUCCAGGUCCCGAAGGUCCAGAAGGACCAAAAGGUUUCGAGGGACCUAGAGGUGAGACUGGAAUUCAGGGUCUAACUGGCGAGAAAGGAAAGCAAGGUCCACAAGGAUUUCAAGGGUACCCGGGUCCAUCAGGAGAUAAAGGUGAUAAAGGUGCAACCGGAUCAACUGGUCCAGCUGGCUUAAAGGGAGACAGAGGACAUCCUGGACUGCAAGGCGAAAGAGGAGAAAUGGGUCCAAGAGGCUUCCGCGGUUCUAGAGGUCGAAGAGGUAGUGAUGGGAGCCCGGGUCACAAAGGGGAUACUGGACAACCUGGUGCUAUUGGUCCACAAGGUGAAACUGGCCCUCAAGGUGCGGAAGGUCCAAGAGGUUUCAUUGGUAUGCCCGGUCCUCCUGGUGCAGAUGGUAGAACUGGACAAGUUGGCCUCCCGGGAGAAAGAGGACAACCGGGAGAACCAGGCAAACCAGGACCACCUGGAGAUACAGGCGUAAUUGGUCCACGUGGCUCGCCUGGUGAAUUGGGACCUAUUGGUGAACCCGGUAUACCUGGACUACCUGGACCAACUGGUGAAAUGGGGCUACCAGGAGAAGCAGGUAAGGAGGGUCUACCUGGUCCAAUGGGUUCAGCUGGUAUUCCAGGACCACAAGGUGCAACAGGGCUUCCAGGGUUUCCUGGAGAACGUGGUCAUCAAGGCCAACCAGGUUUGCCAGGACUUAAAGGAGAACAAGGAAUUAUAGGUAGUCCAGGCUUUCCUGGUGAGAAGGGUCAAAGUGGCGAACCUGGUCACAGUGGACCACAAGGUCCACCAGGAAAUGUAGGUUCACCUGGUAACCCUGGAUCACCUGGUGCUAAAGGCGAAAUUGGAGAAAAAGGUCCUGUUGGACCUGCUGGUAGGGAUGGUUUGAUGGGAUUACGUGGAUUACCUGGACCACCAGGACCAACGGGUACACCGGGUGAAGAUGGUGACAAAGGAGAAGUAGGCUUGCCUGGGGAAAAAGGCCUGAAAGGGAACCAAGGAGAAACGGGACCUAUUGGGUCUGCAGGUGCACAAGGAUCUCGCGGUGAACCUGGACCUCCAGGAUCUCCUGGUGAGAAAGGUCCACCAGGUGAGGCUGGUCAUAGAGGAAUAAAGGGUGAAGAUGGUAAAAUUGGACCAAUGGGUCCGCAAGGAAAGCCUGGAAACCAAGGACUUCCGGGUCCUGCUGGUAUUAAAGGUGAGCGUGGAGAUGAAGGAGUAAUGGGUCCAGUUGGACCACCUGGUCUACCUGGUGAACAAGGACGUAGAGGAAUAAAAGGUGUACAUGGUCAGCAAGGGAAACCUGGACCCCAAGGACCCCAAGGUAUAAUUGGUGUUGAUGGUUCGCAGGGCCCUCCAGGACCGGUAGGUGCAAUGGGUAAACAAGGAGACCGCGGAAUAAUAGGACCGAAAGGUGAGCAAGGACGAAGUGGACCUAUUGGCCCUCCUGGAAUACAAGGUAUGCAAGGACCUAUAGGACCAAAAGGAGCCAUAGGAGCUAGAGGGUUUCCAGGUGCACCGGGAAUUCCAGGAGCUAUAGGACCAAAAGGAGAUAUAGGACCAGAUGGAGAAGACGGUAAGCCUGGAGAAAUUGGGCCACCUGGUGAUGUGGGGCCUGAGGGACGAAUUGGUGAAACAGGGCCAUCUGGAAAACAGGGACCUGAAGGACCGGCCGGUCCACAGGGAACGAUAGGGCCAAUUGGAGAAAAAGGUGAUAAAGGUGGCAUAGGACCGGCUGGGCCUUUAGGAAUGAUAGGUCCACAAGGAGAACCUGGUAUACGAGGACAUCAAGGUACAAAAGGGUCUCCUGGCAUUGCUGGUGAUAUUGGAACUCCAGGUCAUAUGGGUCUACCAGGUAAAGAAGGUAAAAUAGGUGAAAUAGGACCUGCUGGGCCAAAAGGUGAUCGUGGUCGCAGAGGUCAAAAGGGACAUCGAGGUGAACUUGGGCCGGUUGGUCUAAAAGGUGAUCAAGGUGAAAAAGGUGAUCGAGGUUUUCGCGGUGUACAAGGACAAGAAGGACGACAGGGAGACAUAGGAUCCGGUGGUCCUAUAGGGCCCAAAGGAAAUGAUGGGCCACAGGGUCUAAUUGGUGUCAGUGGUUCCCCGGGUCCUAAAGGUACUGAAGGAGUUGCAGGUUUGAAAGGAGAGGCAGGACCAAUGGGUCCCCCAGGUCCACCAGGCGAACCAGCCGAAGCGCCGCUUAUACCACCAGACUUGCUCUUUCAAAUGCAACAAUUUUCUACAACGAAAGCAGAAACUAGACGAAGAAGAUAUGUGGAAGAUAAGAAUGAUUCUAAUCAACUGGAUGAUGAUGAUGAUUUUAAUGACAUAAUGGGUCUUACCAGUCCGGAACCAACGGCCGCUGAGCCACAUAAAAAAAACAAACGCCGAAAAAAGAAGAAGCCAAUUGAUUUAAAUGAAAAAUACAUGGAUAUGUAUAGUACUAUAUAUAGUAUUCGGCAAGAAAUGGAUCGCAUGCGUAAACCGGCCGGCACUCAAGAUAAUCCGGUUCGUACUUGUAGAGAUCUACACUAUGCUCAUCCACAUUUUGAUGAUGGGUGGUAUUGGAUAGAUCCAAAUGCUGGUAUGCCAGAUGACUCUAUAUACGUUUACUGCAACAUGACCGCGAAAGGAGAAACCUGUAUUUAUCCUGAUGCUCAUACCAGUGAAAUGCCAGUGCUGCCUAAACGAAAAUUUAGUAAUGAAUGGUUCUCAGAGCACAGUGGUGGAUUUAAAAUAACAUACGAUGGUGUCGGAACAGUUCAGUUAAAUUUCUUACGUUUAUUAUCUGAAGAGGCUUAUCAGAAUUUUACGUAUUCCUGUGUAAAUUCGGUAGCUUGGUUUAGCAGUUCUCAUAACGAUUAUAGACAAGCAAUUAAGUUUUUGGGUGAUAAUGAGAUGGAAAUUUCAAAGGGGGGAUUAGUUGCACCGGAGGUUAUUUUUGAUCAAUGCCAGAGUCCUCAAACUGAUGGAAAAACUGUGUUGAGCGUACGAACGAAGAGAGUAAACUUUUUACCAUUGAUUGACUUUUUGCCUUUGGAUUAUGGAAAUGCAGAUCAAGCUUUUGGAUUUAAGUUUGGACCAAUAUGUUUUAAGUAAUAUUUAGCAGAAAAGUGUUGUAAGAA